CCAAAGAGAGGCGCCAAUUCGUCUGAGCGUCAAAUGUUACUUUGGGCGUAGCCACACCACUCUCGAAAUGUGAAAAAGACAAAAAUGUGGCGGGUGCACCUGGCCAUGUUCUACGGGGAAGUUCAUUCUCAUUUUGCACAUUUCGACAGUGGUGUGGCGAUGUCCUGUGCUGAGGAUGCCUCACCUGUGUGGUUGCUGACUGGAUGUCAGUCCACGUGUCAGCUCCCCGUGACGCCACUGGCGGAGAGGAAAGGGAGGAGGAGCGGGGAGGGUGGUCGCGCGCGCACUGUCACCACACCUGCCUUCAAUUGGCAGGGAGGGAGUUGUAGUAGGAGGAAGGGAGGAAGGGGAUACGGGAAGGAGGAGGAGGUAGUCGUGGUAGUUUAGUAGUAGUCGUAGUAGGAGGAAGAGGUGGAGGUGAAGAGCGAGGAGGAGAGGAGAAAGCGUAGUCGGAAGAGGAGGAGGAGGAGGAGGAGGAGGAGGAGGAGAGUAGAGAAGAAAGGCGGGGGCGGAACGCGCAGGUUCCGCGCGCUGCUGCAGUAGAAGUCAUGCCCCGCCGCGCUGGCUUAUUUGCGCGGCAUGUCCGCGAGCUGGCCGCGGAGCGUCUGGGGAGGGACCGGGACAGGGACAGGGACAGGGACCAUUCCCCCCCGCCAUCCCGAUCCCGCUCGCCACGUCGGCGCACGAGCGGCCAAAUCUCUGCAGCAUCAACCUCUGCUGCUGUGGAUUUGAAAAAACCCGUUGAUGAUCGGAUACAGGCAGAGGUCCAGGGAUUUGAGGGCAGCGGGUCGGGAUGGGAGGACGAUCGGGAUCGGAGGCCGCGGUCGUUCCCGUAUGAUGUGAAGGAGGCCUGCUGGCGAAAGGCUGCCGUUAUUCCCGGUCGGGACCCCAGUCGUUGGCGCCGGGACGCCAUUGGCAACGCCGUAUUUAAGAAGCUCGUGGGUUGUCAGGGCUGCCUCUGUUAUGAUUAUGAUCAUAUUAUCCCUUACUCCAAGGGUGGGAAGAGCACUUUGGACAACUGCCAGGUCAUGCAGGCUACAGCAAAUCGAGCAAAGGGGAGCAGAACAGAAGUAUCUGAGAGUGAGUUGCUGGAGCGAAGUGCUUACUGCCGUCUUUCUCGUCGGGACAUGGACACCGUGGAACUCGUGAGCUAUGGGAAUAUCAGCAAGGUCAGAUCUGAGGGUGAAUUUAUGGGUUGCCGAAUAUCUUGACUGCAUUCAACGCAUCUGGUUUCAAGUGCAGAAGCAGAAGCACGGCAGCCGUUGCGAGGCUGCAGUGCCUUACAUUACAUUGCUUACAGUCGCCAACAUGCAUACAUAACUGAAGGCACAGGAGCUUAGUAGCUUACUCUCAGAGUCUCAGGGCAUACUCACACUAGGACUUCCCUGGAUGUAUUGGAGUGCAAUUAGAGCCUGGGCUGUCCUGGAUGUAUCUGACCUCAAUCGAUCACAUGCAGAGACCAUUUGAAAAAGUGCUAGUGUGUGGAUGCCCCUCACAGAGUGUGCCAUCGAUUGAAGGGUGCAGAUCCGCACUUGUGCCGUGAUGUGACCUCUACGAGGACCAUCGUGAAUUCGCUUGGCCACAUUUAUAUGACCAAAUUGGUCUGCUCUAGUUCCUGUGGUUUUAACUCCCAUGUGGACCACGAUGAAUUGGCGUGGCCACAUUUAUGGCCCCAUUUAUGACUAAAUUGGUCUGCUCUAGUUCCUGUGGUUUAACUCCCACGCGGACCACCAUGAAUUGGCGAGGCCCCAUUUGUGGCCCCAUUUAUGGACCCAUUUAUGGACCCAUUUAUGACUAAAUUGGUCUGCUCUAGUUCCUGGGGUUUAACUCACAUGUGGACCACCAUGAAUUGGCGUGGCCACAUUUAUGGCCACAUUUGUGGCCCCAUUUAUGGUGUGUUGCAGUCCAAUGGUUGAACAUAUAUGACUUACUUAAAGCACCAGUACAUGGCCCCAGCCAAGUUGAGAGUCUGAUUGAGCCCCUCCUAAGGAGGCUCGCAUGCGAUCGAUAAAAUAAAUCAACGGUGGGUGGCCUCCGAAAGGGGCCCAGGGGCGAUGGCUGGCAUGUACUGGUGGUUUAAAAGUCUAGGAGUCUAGGACAGUAAAGAUGGAAAUCCAUUGACAUUGUCAUUUCUUUGGGAGGCAUGCAGCUAAUGUGAGUUCGAUUUCUUCCCUUUGUUGUUUUGUAUGUGCGUGUCCUGUUUUGUUACUUGCUUGACGAUGCAACUGAUGUGAGUUCAAUUUCUCCCCUUUUUCUCUUUUCUAUUUGCGCGUCCUGUUUUGUACUUGCUUGACGAAUGGAUGUUGGGGUGGUGUGAACCUACAGUCCUUAGACUUCGCAGUCUUUCCUCUGAUGUGGGUGAGUGAUAAUUGGCCCCACUGGUACCCUUAGAGGGCAGCGGGCCAGCGGUUGGUGCCCACCGCAGGAUAUCAGUUCAGGGAAGUGGUUGGUUUGAGCCCAACCACAAGUUUGGUUAAGGUGGAUUGUCACUUUCAGUAUCAUUGGUUAUGGGAUUCUGCAGAUUGUAGAGGGUUUGGCACCUUGAUGAGUCGAUGAAACUCUGACUAACCCCCAGCUUCUUGUCCUUAUCUUCUUUUUUGCUAGAGAUGGCUUCCCCCCCCCUUCACCCUUGACCUGACCUGCCGAAUUGUUUUUUUGAUACCGCCCAUCCUCACCUAAGAAUUUUACUUUCCUUCCUCUAGACGCCCGCCCGACCAACGUAGUUUUCAAAAUUUUGACUCCGCACCCUGCCCGCCCGCCACCUGAAAAAAGCCCUCACGCAGACCCACCCGCACCCGUUAUAGAAGUUAGAACAUCAUUUACCUGCCCAAGACCUGCGACAUAAAAUUUUCACAUUUUUUUCUCGCCCCUACACUCGCCUGUGUCAGUCCUUGCAUCGUUUCCAUUUCACCGACACCAUGACAUCGCGGCAAGCCAUGACGAAAUAAAACAAUUUGAUAUUCAAAAUGCAAUGGUUCAAAAACUGAUCGUUAGCACAACGUCAUUUAGAAGGAUAUAACUUAAAACUUAAAAGAGUUUAUUAUUAGCAGAAGCAACACUGUGUUGAUAAUUUCCAGACUGUCAAAAACGAAACGCGCUAGAAAUCAAUUCUGACAAUGAAAUCUCAAAUUCGGAUAUUCCUUUUUUUUUUAACAAAAUUUCCCCCACCCA